GGAGUGAAGCCGUAUAAGUGCGAUCUGUGUGAUGCCGCAUUCUCAUUAUCGGGUAAUCUGAAGACACACAUGAUCACUCACACGGGAGAGAAACCGUUUAAGUGUGCGCUGUGUGAUGUUGCCUUUGCACAAUCGGGUGACCUGAAGACACACAUAAGAACACACACGGGAGAAAAACCGUAUAAGUGCAAUCUGUGUGUUGCCGCCUUCGCACAAUCAAGUACUCUGAAGACCCACAUGAGAACUCAAACGGGAGAGAAACCAUUUAAGUGCGAUCUGUGUGGUGCUGCAUUCUCACACAUGGGUACACUGAAGGCACACAUGAGAACCCACACUCAAGAGAAACCAUAUAAGUGCAAGCUGUGUGAUGCUAGUGUGAAGAGACACAUGAGAACUCACACUGGAGUGAAGCUGUAUAAGUGCGCGCCGUGUGAUGCCACCUUUUCACAAUCGGGUCACCUGAUGAGUCACAUGAGAAUUCACACGGGAGAGAAACGAUAUAAGUGCAAUCUGUGUGAUGCUGCCUUCUCAUAUUCGAGUCAUCUGAAGACACACAUGAGAACUCACACGGGAGAGAAACCAUUUAAGUGCGAUCUGUGUGAUGCUGCCUUCUCACAAUCGGGUAAUCUGAAGAAACACAUGAGAACUCACACGGGGGAGAACCCAUAUAAGUGCGAUCUCUGUGAUCCUACUUUCUCCCGUCUGGAUAGUGUGAAGACACACCUGAGAACUCACACUCAAGAGAAACCAUAUAAACCCCGCGUGCAGCAUCGCUCGUCCUCGGCGCUAACGAGCGGCGCGGCGAUCGUGCUCCCACGGAAGUCUCCCCCGCCGCCGCCGCGGUUGUCCACGAGUCUCGCCACCUCCGGGCGGCCGCGCCCCGUCCGCUGGUCGCACGCGGAAGCGACGGCGGACACGCGCGCGGUCUUCGAAGCUCCGCUCGCAGUGUCGGCGCCUCCCGUCACGCGAGCGAACCCAUGUUUGCGCCGAAGACGAGCAGCGAUCGACGUCCGAGAAUCCCGGUCAUCGUACAACGCGCGGGCGAGCGUGGGGGAGCCACCGUCGGGGUCUCUGCCCGCGUCGCGAGGGAAAGCGAUCGACGGCGUUGUCUCUAGGCGUUUUCCCCUGAGCCACGUCGGGUACAACAACAUAACAAAUCAGUGCAAACUGUGUGAUGCUACCUUCUCCUAUCUGAGUAGAGUGAAGAGACACGUGAGAACUCACACUGGAGUGAAGCCGUAUAAGUGCGCGCUGUGUGAUGCUGCCUUCACAUUAUCGGGUAAUCUAAAGACACACAUGACAACUCACACGGGAGAAAAACCAUAUAAGUGCGAUCUGUGUGAUGCUGCCUUCACACAAUCGGGUAAUCUGAAGGCACACAUGAUCACUCACACGGGAGAGAAACCAUAUAAGUGCGAUCUGUGUGUUGCCGCCUUCACACACUCGGGUAGUCUGGUGAGACACAUGAGAACUCACACGGGAGAAAAACCUUACAAGUGCGAUCUGUGUGAUGCUACCUUCUCCCGACUGGCU